AUGGAGAGGCUGUACAAGAAGUAUGUAGAUAUAGAGUCCUAUGAGAGUACUUCACAGUCACACUUAUGUCCAAAAGUGAAGAAGAAAAUUGAAGCCAUGAUUUAUGAGAGUAGAAAUUGUACUACCAUUCCUGCAAUAGGGGAUAGAUUUGAAGUCAGUCACUUUGAGGAUAGAUUUGUAGUGACUCCAUCUUUAAAGCAGUGUGGAUGUAGGAAAUGGGAAAUAACAGGAAUACCUUGCAUACAUGCAUGUGCGGUUAUUAAUUAUCUGAAGCAGGAUGUGGAUGAGUAUGUACAUGAAUACUUUUCAUUGAGCAAGUAUAAGGUGGCCUAUGGGUACGGGCUGCCAGCUUUGAAUGGGGAGAAAUUAUGGCCUAUAGGUGAAGGUUAUCCAGUCAUCCCACCACCUGUGCGGAGUAUGCCAGGCAGGCCUAAGAAAGUGAGGAGAAGGGACCCAUUCGAGAAGGAUCCAGCUAGACCCGAGAGGCUGAGGAAAAUCUGUGUGAUGACUUGUCAGAACUGCUUCCAAGAAGGCCACAACACCCGGACUUGCAAGAAUGAAACUGUUCACUUGCAACCUAAACCAAAGCUAAAAAGGGGGAGGCCUCGAAAGGAACCAAUAGAUUCUACAUCGCACAGUGGUAGAGGUAGAGGAAUGGGAAGAGGAAGAGGGGGGACUCAACCUGUGGAAGGGUCUGGCUCAAUUCCUACUCAGCAAAGUGGCACAUGA